AUGGACCCCUUCGUAAAGAUAUUGUUUCUAUCAAUCCUUGUCACAGGAGAUGCGCUAAUGUGUAAAAUGUGCGACAACUACAUUUCAUGCGCAAACGAGGUCACCGAGCAAUGUCCACCGCAUACUCAAUGUUAUACUGUAAAGAAGCAUGGAAUAGUAACUCACAAAGGUUGUGCUAAUAGCUGUGCUGCAAUGCCGUUCGCCGUUCACGAUGCACACUGUACGACUUGCAACAAUCGAGACAAUUGUAACGGAAAUGAGAUGAUAAUUGGAGACGGUGUUCGAACUGGAUACUCAAAUCAAGGAAGUGGCUUGUCAAUCGGAGAAGGAGCUCAACCAAGACAACCUCAUGGAGGAGAGCACCAUACUCAAAUAGGACAUGGGGUGAAGCCACGUUCAUCUUCAACGACAUUUGGAAAUGCGUUAUUGUUCAUCUGCAGUAUACGUCGACGCAAAGAGCAGGAUGAAAAUGUUUACGGAAGCAGUACGGACGCAACAUCUUCAGCUUGCAUGUCGGAGCGAAAAUGUGACGGAAAUGUUGGAAAGGUUAAGAGGAAUGAAAAGUGCGAAGCAGUUUCGUCUUGCUCUGAGUAUUCCGAAGACGAGAAACAAACCAUGUCACAAUCAGAGACUGGUUCUGUGGAUGUCGGUUCUGCGGCUAGCGGUUCUGCAGUUAAAGCUUCCAGAAGUAGCGGUUCUUCGGGUAGCGGCUCUUCGGGUAGCGGCUCUUCGGGUGGCGGCAGUUCGGGUACCGGUACCAAAACUACCAAAACUGUGGGUAAAAAACAUGCAUCAAGAAUCGAGUUCUUAUCUGCUGCGAUUGCCUUCGCUUUCGGAGGUGGAAAUGUAUGGAUUUUGCCUAACUCGAUAGCUCAUUCAGGUAUUGCAUUUAUUAUACAAUUUGCUGUAUGCUACCUCCUAGCAGCCAUUCCUAUGCUUUAUUUGGAAAUCGCAAUGGGACAGUUCACGUCCGCAUCACCAUUUAGCGUUUACCAAAUGAUGUCUCCAGCAAUGGGAGGAAUUCCAGCAGCUAUAAGCUUUCUUCUUGUUAUAAAAUCUGUUGCAAUAUCUGUUUGGGCAUGUGAAGCACUUGUAUUUUUCAUAGUCUCACUGACAGGUUCAUGGAGGCUGCUUCCUUGGACAACAUGUAGAGGUAUUGAGGAUUGCUACGACCACAGACUUGCUAAAAAGUGCAUGUUCGCAUCUCCAAAUGAAACAGCUUGUGCUGAUUUUAUUCGAGCUAUGGUAGUCACAAGAUCGGAUCACAUAAAGAACAGUCCACUCGCCACAUAUUUUCGUGAAAUUAUACAACAGGAAGAUAAUCUAAGCGCUGAGAAAUUUUUGCCACACCCUUUCCUGAUGAUAUCGCUAUUCGUGGUAUGGUUUAUGGCGUGCGGAGGUGCUAGUGUGGGAAUCCGCUACCUCAGUAAAACCGCUUAUAUAGUCAUCGCACUUGCGUUUAUCUCUACCGCAACAUUCGUCGGUUUGGCAUGCUCUGUUGGCAGUUUUUCGAACUCCAUUAGCCAUUUCUUAAAUCCUCGUUACAAAUUAUUGUUGAGUGUCGAAAAAUGGAUAUUGGCCGCUGGACACGCACUGAUGGCACUUAGCGUGUCGACAGGUGCUAUGAUCAAGUUAGCAUCAGCUCGCCCAUUUCGAAUGGCUAUCGUAUGGGAUGUCGUUAUAAUAGCAGUUGUUGUCGCAUUAUACUAUGCACUCACCCUAUUAUCUAUUGUCAUGUUCAUGGAAAAAUUUGCUGCUGAACUAUAUCCAUUCGAUAAUUCUGUGGCACGGUUCGACUACAUCACCUCGCAUCGUUUCAUGGCGACAGCAAUUAUGGUUGAAGUGUUUAUGAGCAUGCCUUAUCCUUGGCUACUCAGUGCUCUUCACUUCUUCGCUAGACUAUUCAUCCCUAUGCAAACAGUGACAACAAAUAUGUGGGUGGUGGUGACAAUGCUCCGUGAAAAAUAUGCUGACGCCACUCGAAAGCACUUGUCAAGACUUCAUGUGUGGAUGAUUAUCGUUGCAUUGGGAAUUUUUGGUUAUAUCGUCAGUUUUCAGUUCAUUAUGCCCGGAGGUUUAUCCCUCUCUAUAUCUGUGCUGAUGAUUAGUGGUUUUGGUACUUUCAUAGUUGGCUUUUUACAAUUAGUCACUGUUGCUUAUAUUUACGGUUUCCGACGUUUUUCUGUAAAUAUUCGAACAAUGGUUGAAGCUUUCGGUCCAAUGAAUUUCUUUUGGUGGUUUAAUUGGAUAAUCACUUCUCCAUUUCUUCAUUUGGCAUGUUUCGUAGCAACGUUUACUGUAACUUACAAUUAUUUAUGGGAACAAGUGUUCUGGCGUAUUGUCUUCCUGGUUGCUACAGUUGCAUGGGUACCAAUCAAUCUAGCUUUCAAGAACUGUGAACGGAUGCGGUUCAAUGAACCGUUCACAAUGAUCUUCCGACCGAGAAAGGAUUGGGGCCCUUCGGAUGCAGUAGACAGAGAAGAAGCGAUCAAAAUGGAACGGGCACUUCGAGUGCGAUGA